CUUUAAAGUUCUACCUUCAGCCCUUCAUGUUACUUUUGUUAAUAUUAUGAUAUUUCAUGUAUCAUAGAAAGACAUGUUAUACAGCUUACUUGUUUCUUUACAUCUCUGGCAUUGGCAUAAUUUUUCUGAUUUGAAAAUCUGGUUGCAAGCUCUUGAGGGCCUGAUGCUAAUCUUAUAUUCGUGUAAGGCCCAGCCCACUAUAGUCUUGGGCUUCAGCUUCAUUUUCCAGAUCUUCCUUGCAUCCUGGAAGCUGCUAGGUGAAAGCACUUAGUCACAGAAGCAGAAGUUAAAAUGCCUGUUUUCAAACAUCCGGAGUACCCAGAAUCAGCGUUGCUUCAGUUGGAAGCCAUGGUGCCAUGUCGCGAAUCUCAAGUGUCCACCUUAUUGUCACUCUUUGGAGAGCAUCAGCAUUUUAGCUUUCCAUCCCUUUUCAUCUAUGGACACACAUCCAGUGGGAAGACUUACGUGAUGCAAACUCUUCUGAAAACGUUAGAGCUACCUCAUGUGUUUGUGAAUUGUAUUGAGUGUUUUACUUCAAGACUGUUGCUAGAAGAAAUUUUGAGACAGUUGCAGUGCCUUUCUACUAAGGAAGAAGAUCCUCCUUGUGUAUCCUGUGACACGUUCAAUGACUUCAUACGUUUGUUUAAGCAGACAACUAUGACACCUGAUUUACAGAAUCAAACUGUAUAUGUUGUUUUGGAUAAUGCAGAGCAGCUAAGGGAAAUCGAAGCAAACAUCCUGCCAGGUUUCCUUAGACUACAAGAGCUGACGGAGAGGAAUGUGACCGUGGUUCUCCUGAGUGAAAUUGUAUGGGACCUUCUUCGUCCAAAUACAGGAUGCCUUGAGCCAUUGCCUUUAUAUUUUCCAGACUACAGCAUAGGACAUCUACAGAAGAUUCUGUCCCAUGAUCAUCCUCCGGAGUAUUCCUUUGAUUUUUAUGCUGCAUAUAUAAAUAUUCUGCUCGGUGUCUUCUAUCCUGUCUGCAGGGACCUGAAGGAGCUACGACAUCUGGCUGCACUCAAUUUUUCUAAAUAUUGUGAGCCCGUGCUCCAAGGAGAGGCAAAUGAACGUGACACACGCCGACUUUGGAAAAAUAUUGAAUCCCACUUGAAGAAAGCUAUGCAGACUGUUUAUUUGCGGGAAAUAUCAAGCUCCCAGUGGGAACAAUUACAGCAAGAUAAUGGAGAACCUGGGCAACUAAAAGGACUUUCAGCCCAUGCUCAUGUUGAACUUCCAUAUUAUUCCAAGUUCCUUCUAAUAGCUGCAUACCUUGCUUCUUACAACCCUGCCAGGACAGAUAAGAGGUUCUUUGUUAAGCAUCAUGGAAAAAUUAAGAAGAAAAACUUUCAGAAGAAACAUGAAAAGACCAGCAACCACCUUCUUGGGCCAAAACCGUUCCCUUUGGACAGAUUGUUGGCAAUAUUAUACAGCAUUGUUGACAGCAGAGUUGCUCCAACUGCAAAUAUAUUUUCCCAGAUCACUUCCCUUGUGACACUGCAGCUGUUAACCUUGGUAGGCCAUGAUGACCAGCUUAAUGGGCCGAGAUACAAGUGCAACGUCUCCCUAGAUUUCAUCAGAGCUAUUGCGAGGACCGUGAACUUUGACAUCAUAAAGUACUUGUAUGACUUUUUGUGAAGACCAUAUGGACGCUGUGAUGACAACUAAGGCAAGCCAUGUUGCUUUAUCUACUUUAGCCAUCCAGGGAGAGGAGACUUUGGGCUCUUUUGGAUUUGUCCAAAACAGGUGCUAGCUCAGCAUGGGAUCUGAUGAAAACGCUCUAGUUGGUCUGGAUGGAUCUGAGCAGAGGACUCUUAGCCCGAGACCCUGGAGUAUUUGGAUAGAAUGUGUUAAUUAUAAACAGCAGGGACCGAGCACAAUCUGUUCUGCUCUUAAUGAUGUUAUCUUAACACUGAAAUUGCCUGAAACCCAUUUUACUAAGGACUGCAUUUUGUGCUAUGGUGAAGUCUCCCUUGUGCUUUGAACAUGGCAGCAGCCUUGUUUGUAUGCCCAGUCUUUUCACUUCCUCUCCAUGGGAACCUUUUGCAUUUGUCUGCCAAAGCAGCUCGAGAUCCAAAGGCCACCGUUUAAAAGAAAUUGGUAUAGCAAAUGCAAUAAACAUAAAACCAAG